CUUAAACAAAGUUCCCAUAUUUGAGUCACUAUUGGUGGGGCCAAGCAUCUUUGGUUGCCUAUGCAUUCACGGGAAGUCUUGGAAACGUCGGAGGAAAAAUAUUGUCCACAAAACAAGACUUCGACACAGUUAAAACACUCAAAUCCGAAAAGGGUCAAAAACAAUCAACAAAAUACCUGCGAAUUCCCAUUUUAUGAUCUGUCGCUUGGGAGUUUUGUUUGCCUUAUUUUUGGUGAGUUCUUCUUCAUGGAUGCUGAAGUGGUAGUUUAUCUUCUCUCACGGAAACUGCAAAAUCUUCUUCAGGAUGAAGCAAUAGCCAUGACUCCAAAGGUGAAAGGCCAAGUUCAGAGAACCACCCACCAGCUCAAAUGGGUCAGGCGGUUGCUGAAACAAGCAGAGAAGAAUCAAGCAUUAUCUGUUGAAAUGAACAGCAUUCAGUGGACAACGCGCCUCUUGAGUGCUCUCUAUUCCAUGGAUGAUGCAAUUGACACCUUUCUCUUCUGGAAAGCACUGCAGAGUCAGAGACAUAAUGGUCUCAUGAUGAUGUGCCGGCAGCCCUUCACUUCUUUCCAUAACCAAUUUGUCUUCAACAAAGAGAUCAAAGAUUUCAUUUUCAAGACCGGAGACUUACUCAAAGACAGACAACAAUUGGAUAUUCAAGAUGUUGCUGAUGACAAAAUCCCAAGACCAAGUCAACACCAACGUUGGGCAAGAAUAUCUGGUUUUUGUUUUGAUGAUGAAAGUCACCUGGUUGGCCUUGAGGAGCAAGCAAAGAAUUUGGUUGCUCUUGUAGUCCAGCGGGCAGAGCAAGGUAAACAACCAGCUGUCGUUUCACUGGUGGGGGAGGGAGGAUCAGGCAAAACAGCCAUAGCAAGAAUAGUAUACAACAGGCUAGAUAUUAAGCGGCAUUUCUCUAUUUGUGCAUGGGUUCAUGUAACGAAAGAUUUCAAAGUGAGAGAUGUCCUGGUUGACAUGAUAAGCCAGCUUGAUGAAAGGAUUGCAAAGGAGCCACUACUGGAAGACGAAGUAAAGUGGAGGCUCCCUAAACUUCUAGAACGUGGAAGGUAUCUAAUUGUUGUUGAUGAUGCCGACACUCCUGAAUUUUGGGAAGCAAUCAAGGAGGUCUUUCCGCCCUCUUCCCUUGGUGGUGUGGUUAUUGUAACUACUCGUAAGGCUGAUGCGGCAGUGCCUGAUGGUUCAACUCUACAAGUACGUCCAUUGAAUGAUGAAGAAAGUUGGGCGUUGUUCCUAAAGAUGCUAGAAGUUACUGAAGAUAGAUUACAUAAUUCUCAGUUAAUCAAAUUCAAGGAGCAAAUCUUGAAAUUAUGUGGUGGUUUACCUUUGGCAAUUGUCUUAAUGGGAGGUUUGUUGUCUGCCAAAGAAUUAACAGACAGUGAAUGGUCAAGAGUGUUUAAGCAUGUGACUGCUAUAGAAGAUAUCUUGGCCUUAAGCUAUCAUGAAUUGCCUUCUUAUUUGAAGCCUUGCUUUCUUUACAUGGGACUCUUUCCUAAGGCAAUUGAGAUCCCCGUAAGGAGGUUGAUUCUUCUUUGGGUAGCUGAAGGAUUUGUCACAUCCUUGUCUGAUGGUGAUAUGGUUGAGGAGGACCUGGCAGAAAUGUAUUUUGAGGAACUAGUUUGUAGAAAAAUUAUUGAAGUGGUAAGAUGGAGGUUAGAUGGGAGCCCCAAAACAUGUCGUAUGCCCAGCGUUAUUCAUGAUUUCUUCUCCUCAAAAGCAAGGAAUAUUGGAUUUUUUCAGAUCCACAGCAAGGUAUUUUCACCUGGAAAAUCACAAUUACCAGCCCGGAGACUUGCAACAUAUUCGAACAUACCUUUUUCAAAACUUCACCUAAGCCAUUUACAUUCUUACUUAUCUUUCAACACUCUAAAAGGAGGUAUCCCUGAUGGAAAUUCAAGCAUGUUUCUGGACAAGAUUACGAGUAAGAGAAACCGUGGAGUGUUUAAGGUUCUUGAUCUAGAGAGUGUCUACAAACCUCAGCUUCCCAAGGCAAUGGGCGCUCUUUUGAACUUAAGGUACCUAGGCUUGAGAUCAACAGCUGUUAAUUCACUUCCAGUCUCUAUUGGCAAUUUGCAAUGCCUGGAGACUUUGGAUGUGAAGCACACCAACAUAACCACUUUGCCGGAUUCUUUCUGGAAGCUUAGGAACCUACGCCAUCUCUAUCUGAAUGGAAUUUGUCUCGAUUCACUGGAAAGGCUCUCUGUGGAGUUCUCGAAUAAGCUUCAGAGCUUAUGUGGGCUGUCUAUAGGCACUGAAUCAUUAGUUGCAGAGACCUUAAGUAAGUUUUCAUGCCUCAGAAAGUUGCAGCUGACAUUCUAUAUCCCAACAAGUAUAAAAAUUGACUGGGCUGCACAACUGAACAAACUUCACUCUCUAAGGAUAAAAUCAAUAAGAGAGUCUGGUGAGCGAGCAUCAAUCAAGUUCAAGAGCUUCAAGGAGCAGCACAACCUGGUUAACUUGUAUUUAUUUGGAGGGUUACUAAGACCAGUUGAUUCUAGAAUCCUUCCUCCAAACCUGAAGAGCCUCACUCUAUCAAAGACGGGAAUGGACAAAGACCCAAUGCCAGUGCUAGGAAAGCUUCCUCACCUAAAUAUACUUAGGCUUUUAAACUUUUCCUACACAGGGGAAGAAAUGAAUUGCAUCUCUGGAGCAUUUCCUCAACUCCGUGUCUUGAAACUGUGGCUACUGGACCGCCUUCGUAAGUGGGUUGUGAAUGAAGGAGCCUUGACUAGUCUCAGAGAAUUAGAAAUUAGGGACUGUAGAAGUCUAAAAACGCUUGAUGCAUUCCACCAGCUGACCAGCUUGAGGGAAUUGAUACUUACUAAUAUGCCACCAGAUGUUGCAGACUAUGUUAAAGGUAUCAAUAACACAGGCAGGGGUGUAUUUAUCAAAGAAUAUCACUGGGAACCUUCUCCUCCCAUGUUGUAGGAAUGGGCUCCUGGAGGCAAGAGUCGUGACUCGCAACAAUAUAUAUGCUCUUUGGCAUGAAGAACCAUCACUCUAUGCUUAUAUUGGGAAACCAUAUUUCUGGAUUUAUUUCUAUUUUCUGAAAAGUUACUAGUUUUAAGUUGUGUACUUGUGUACUAAAUAUACUUCCUCUAUUUCAUUGAGUUUGGACUUUUGAAGCAAUGCACUCAAGGAAGGCUCAAUAGCCUGAUGAUUCACUCACCUGUCUCUCUGCUAUGUUAAACUUUGCAGCAAUUACUGGGAUAAAAAGUCUUUUUCUUUCCAGCAAAUGAAUUAAUACUGGUUUAAAUUCCUAGAGUAGUUAAACUACAGGGAUCUUAAAUCAAACUUAGAUAAGCUUUCUAACAGUCCUUUGAAGUCCAAUUUCCACAAAGAAUCCCAGCUACCUUUUUGUCUCAAGAAGAGAACGGACAAUAACAGAGGUGGAUCAGAGGGCAGAGAGUAAAGUAGUAAGUUCCUAUCCUUUUCUUUGAUAGCAAUCAACUUGGAUUCUAUAGAGUGACAAAGGAACUCAAGAAGCAAGUUGAACUUGAAACUUCGGCAAGGUAUCAGAUACUAUGUUAUUUAUACCAUGAUGAACGAAUAAGAACUUAAGAAGUAACAGCUAGUACUCAGAAAAUUUUUAGCUGUAGCGAGCGGAAACGCAUCCACACCACAUCAAACUGCUAAAUAACAUUUAAACGGCUAUAUCUAAUACGGCUUAACCAAAUCCCAUUGAGAAGAUUCAUGAAAAGAACGCCAUGAAGGUUCACUUUUAAUUGUUUCGAGAGAAUGCAGUACCAAAUAUUAUUCUCAUUCGGAUACAUUUCUCUUUUCCAGUUAAUGUAGAAAAGAAUGUAUGGUCACAAAUUUAUUUAUACAUGAAGUCAAAGUCAAGCAAAUAUGGUCAUUAUGCAGUAUGCAAAUAAUUUCCAAGCAGUCAAGACUCAAGCAGACCAUUGCAGAUGGGUCCAUAACUAUCUUUCUUUUUUUUCUUCCUCUCUCUCUCUUUCUCUCUUCCUCCGGAAAUUUGGCUUAGAGUGAGGAGGAUAAGCAUUGGUGAUUAGACCAUAAAGCAGUGUCA